CAUGGUUUGUCAUUCCGCUUCGUAUCAGCUUCAGCCGUUCGUGUCCUCGUAAUUACACGCAACAUCGUGCAAAGAAGUUGCAUUUUACAUCGUCUUCUCGUCGCGCGCUCAUUCUUUUCUCGUCGUCCAGAUGAAGGUCGAUAAAGUCUAGUUCAUCAUUCAAACACG